AUGGAUGCCAACAUGGAGAGCAACAUGGAUGCCAACCUGGAGAGGAACAUGAGUGCCAACAUGGAGAGCAACAUGGAUGCCAACAUGGAGAGCAACAUGGGUGCCAACAUGGAGAGCAACAUGAGUGCCAACAUCGAGAGCAACAUGGAUGCCAACAUGGAGAGCAACACGAGUGCCAACAUGGAGAGCAACAUGGAUGCCAACAUAGAGAGCAACAUGGAUGCCAACAUGGAGAGCAACAUGGAUGCCAACAUAGAGAGCAACAUGGAUGCCAACAUGGAGAGCAACAUGGAUGCCAACAUAGAGAACAACAUGGAUGCCAACAUGGAGAGCAACAUGGAUGCCAACAUGGAGAGCAACAUGGAUGCCAACAUAGAGAGCAACACGAGUGCCAACAUAGAGAGGAACAUGAGUGCCAACAUGAGUGCCAACAUGGAGAGCAACAUGGAUGCCAACAUGGAGAGCAACAUGGAUGCCAACAUGGAGAGCAACAUGCAUGUGCCAACAUGGAGAGCAACAUGA